GACUUCCUAGUGCUUGACAGCUCUACUGACAUCAAGUUCUCAGCUCAUGUUAUCUGUCAUCUUCCCAAUGGACAUCUGUUUCCGUCAAAUACGCAAAUUCGUCCUUUUUGCAAUCGACUUCAUGAUACGCUCCUGGAAAAUCCUCCAGCCAAGAUCUGGAAUAGCGAUGGAAUCAAGGAAACUGUGCUAUUCGAUAGCGCUGUAUACACAAAAAAUCGCAAUUUUCGACUGUAUCUAUCCUCAAAGCUCGGCAAAGAUACUGUAUUGAAGUUGGCCGACUACUGUAAAUUUUAUGGUAGGGUCAAAGAGCCCAUCUGA